CGCACUGCCUCCACUCUCACCCCCCGGAGGGAGCGGACUGCCCUGGGAAGGGCUGGCACGGCCAAUACGGCGAGAUGAGGCUGAGCUGAGCGAGGAUGGAGAGCGCAUUGCUGUGCGAUGAUGAGAUCUUGCUUCGCACCGAGCAAGAUUUUCACAUGGCUGCAAAAACCAACAACAUCGAGAAGAUGAAGCAGCUAAUCUUGAGAGGGGUGAACGUCAGAGCCAAGAACAGUGUAGACAGGACAGCCUUACACUGGGCAGCUGGAGCUGGACAAGAGCAAGCUGUCAAACUGCUGCUGGAAUAUGAUUUGCCUGUGGACGAAGAAGACUGUUUUGGAAUGAAUGCGCUUCUGCUGGGGGCAUGGUUUGGACACCUGAAAAUUCUCCAGAUCCUGGUCAAUGCCGGAGCCAAAAUCAGCUGUGAAAAUAAGAAUGGACUCAACCUGCUCCACUGUGCAGCACAGAGAGGUCACAUCAAGGUCCUAGAGUUCAUCAUGGAGGAUCUGGAGAACAUCAAAGUAGAUAAGGUGGACAAGUUUGGAAGAACGGCAUUUCACCUAGGAGCUGAACAAGGCCAGAUGGAGGUGGUGGAAUUCCUCAUUGGAUCUGGGUGUCAUCACAGCCUGAAGGAUAAGGAGAACAACACAGCUCUCCAUCUAGCUGCUAAGAAUGGCCAUACGGACGUCUUGCAGAAAAUUGUAGAAACUGGAGUGGAGCUGAAUGACAAAAAUCUGGAGGGAAAUACAGCUUUGCAUAUGGCUACAGAAGGAGGUCACUUUGACUGCAUUAGAAUUCUGCUAGAAGCUGGAAGUGAUGUCAACGUGCAAAAUGAGAAAGGAACAAACUGCCUUCACUAUUGUGCUUUCCAUGGACAGGUGGACAUUGCAAGGGCUCUCAUUGAUGCAGGAAUUAAUAUCAAUGCAGUAAACAAUCAAAAGUCAAGUGCUCUGCACAUCUCAGUCCUACAGAAUUUCCCAGCUAUGGUAAAGCUUCUCAUUGACUGUGAAUGUGACCUGGAUCUCACAGAUUAUAGGUUGCAGGCUCCUCUUCAUAUUGCGGCAGAACAUGGACGACAGGACAUGGCAGAAAUUAUACUUAUUGCAGGUGUAAAUCUGAAGCUACUGGACAAGCAAGGAAAAACAUCUCUUGACGUGGCUGCUCGAGGGAAUCACAUAAAUCUGGCAGAUAUGAUCAUCAAGGCAGAUAGAUUCUACAAGUGGGAGAAGGACAAUCUGAAUAGUGACUCUGACUCCUGGUUGGCUAGACAUCUGACAUUCAAACAAGAUCAUCGCCUAGAGACACAGCACAUCCGAUCUGUCAUCUGGAGGCUGGCGACGAAAUAUCUAAAACCCAAUGAAUGGAAGAAGUUGGCACAGCAUUGGAAAUUCACUGAUGCCCACAUUCGAGCAAUAGAGCAUCAGUGGACAGGAAACAAAAGCUACCGGGACCACGGGCACAGAAUGUUACUCAUCUGGCUGCACGGAGUUGUGAUGGCUGGAGAAAACCCAAUUAAAGGAUUGUUUGAGGGACUGGUAGGCAUUGGGAGAAGAGACUUGGCAGAAAGCAUUCGGAAGCAAGCAAAUGCAGAUGAUUCUUCCCCAAAGAAGUGCGCAGCCAUGUAACAUGGUGUGAUUGACUUGACCCGGGGAUGCUACCAUUGUCUGCAUCCCUCUUCCUGCACUACAAGCUGGAGUUCAGUCAGCAGUACUGUUACAUCAAGGGCUGAUUCUCAUUCCAAAUACAAUUCCUGCUGUUCUACUUCAAAGCAGUUCACAAAACAUCACCGAGGGAUAUCUUCAGGCACAUCAUGACUGCCAGUGUUGUGGGCAUUCUUGAGAAGUCUUAUUUCUGGAAAUGUUCUUAUGAGAAGCAGUCAUUUAUUCACAGAGAUAUAUAUGUACAUUUUGCUGAUUCUACAGCACAUCAAUGGUGCAAUAUUGGGUAAGGACGACCUUGAAUUGGAUUUUUGUAAUCACAUUUUAUAUAGAAAGGGGGAUACAUGUUUUUACCUAAAGCACAUUUGUGUGUAAAAGACCGAGACGACCAUGUUUCCUGCUGUGCAAUAUUUUCCAGCUGCUUGAAUCGACAAGCGUAAAAUGUUGGGGCAAGUUAACGGUCUCUUGUAUGCCGCCAAUGUUGUGUGUAUGUUUAUGACACAUUUUACAGAUUUUUGUAAAAUUAGUUCUUUUUACCCUUUUGCUAAAAU